AAACAAAGUACUGUCGUUUUUUGAAAGUCAUUCCACGUGUACGUGCUUCUGAUAAUAGGCCGUUUCUAUUAAUUAAUUGCUGUUAAAAAAUUCAACUCAUCGGAUCAAAUAGUGAACAAAAACAGACCAACAAUGACCGUAGAUCACAGUUUCCUCCAGUAUUCUACCACGUCAACAAUCGCACAAAUAUUUUUGUUCGAAAUGGAUCUCGAUUGGACGCAGCUGUUUUCGAUUCUAGUGAUAGCAGCCAUAAUUUAUCGCUGGCUAAACAGUAACCAUGACUACUUCCUCCAUAAGCCGAUUCCUUCGAUGCCGGUCUGGCCCAUCAUGGGCAGCACUGGAUCACUUUUGUUCAAGCGGUGCACCUUUUCGGAUUUUGUGCAAACCAAUUACAAAAAAUACUCUGCAGCUCGAGUGUUCGGGCUGUUUGACACCAACAUCCCCAUGUACGUGAUCUGCGAUCCGGAAUUGAUCAAGCGGAUCGCCGUCACCGAUUUCGACCACUUUAUGGACCACCGACCGAUCUUCGGAGCUAGCAAUCCCGAUCACCCCAAUCUGCUGUUUGAGAAAACACUUUUCGGCAUGGCCGGACCAAAGUGGAAAAGCAUGCGAUCGACGUUGAGUCCGGCCUUUACCGGAUCCAAGAUGCGGCAGAUGUUCGAGUUUGUGGUGAAGUGUAGCGACAAUAUGGUACGAUUCUACCAAGGCGAGCCACGCGGAAAGCAGUACGAGAUGAAGGAUGUGUUUUCGCGGUUCUCGAACGAUGUGAUCGCGACGUGUGCGUUUGGGAUCGAGGUGGAUUCAGUUCGGAAGCGGGACAACGAAUUUUUCGCUCACGGCAGUAAAAUGUUCCAAAUGAAUAGGCUAAGUGUUGUGGCGCGACUUAUUGGGUUUCGAUUUGCGCCUGCUUUGAUGAGUCAAUUUGGACUGGAUUUGAAUGAUCAAGAGCAGAAUCAGUAUUUUUCUUCACUGGUCAGAGAAACGAUUAGUGCGCGCGAAACGAAAGGCAUAUUGCGUCCAGAUAUGGUACAUCUGUUGAUGGAAGCUAAAAAGGGUUUACUGAAGCAUCAGAAGGAAAUCGAGCAGCAUAAGGGUUUUGCAACAGUUGAAGAAUCGGAAAUCAUGAAAACGCAAUCCCCGAAUACGAUGACCGAAUUGGAAUUGAUUGCUCAGUGUUUGAUCUUCUUCCUGGCUGGUUUCGAUACGGUAUCAACCUGUUUGACCUAUACAGCGUAUGAGCUGGCGCUAAACCCAGAAAUUCAGGAUAAAUUAUUUAAAGAAAUCAAGGAAAUACACGAAACGCUAAACGGAGAGCCUCUAAACUACGAAACUCUUCAAAAGAUGACCUACAUGGACAUGGUCAUCUCGGAAGUGUUACGCAAGUGGCCCGCCAUAGCCACCCUGGAUAGACACUGCGUGCAAGACUACGAGAUGGACGCUGGCAACGGGUUAAAAUUCACCAUCGAACGUGGCAGCGGAAUAUGGUUUCCGAUCCACGCGAUGCACCAUGAUCCUAACUACUACCCGGAACCGGAGCGGUUCCUGCCGGAACGAUUCAGCGAGCAAAACAAGGCCAACAUAAAUAUGGGAGCAUAUCUACCAUUCGGCAUAGGUCCGCGGAACUGCAUCGGAUCGCGUUUUGCGCUGAUGGAGGUCAAGGCCAUCGUGUACCAUUUUCUGUUGAGUUUUAGCUUCGAAAGAACCGACAAGACUCAGGUUCCAUUGGAAAUUGUGAAAGGGUUUGGUCCGAUGAAGCCGAACGAUGGGGUCUAUCUGGAGUUCAGACCGAGAAUAUUGUAGUAGACUAAAAUAAG